AUGGAUCCUUUCGCCCCCGUCCCACCUCCCAGUGCUGCGGCGAAGAAAUCGGCCACGGACCUGUACAACAAGCUCAAGACCGCGUCUCCCGACCUCGUCAAAGGCUUCGAGACCAAGUAUGCCGCUUGGAAGAACACAUGGUUCAGCAACGGCAAUAGCGUUUCACCAAACUCGGACACCCGAGCCUCCGGGCCUGAGUGGGAUGCCCUUGUUGCGCUUGGGCCAAAGAUCCUGCCAUUGGUAGUAUACCGAUUGACGAGCGGAAAAGACUUUAUGGCUGUUGUCCUAUAUAACAAGCUCGAGAAGGAUCUAUCCUACAAGUUGGACCCUCAGGACAUCCUAAACACUAAGCAAGCCGCCGCCGACAUCAUCAACAUGAACCUCACGCGCAACACAGAAGUCAAGGACGCCCUGGACCGCUGGGCCGCGUUCAGGGUCGAGCGCCAGAACUACAGCAGCUCGUUCCACUUCUGCGAGGGCGAGGGCUACUGGGCCCUGGCCGACAUGGGCCCCAGCGUCAUCGCCCAGAUGAUGCUCGAGUACUACGACGACAGGCACGGCUGGUGGCACGAGCUGCUGCACGAGCUCGUCCACGGCCGGGUCUCGGACGCGGGCGUCUUCUUCAAGGACCAGGUCUUUGAGGAGUGGAAGGACUGGUUCGAGCACAAGGAGCACAAGGAUGCGCCGCAGGGGCAGGACCAGCGGGCUCGGAGGCCGCAUGGUCCCGGGAGGGAGUGA